UGAAUUAAAGUUGAAACAAUAAUAAAAAUUAAUCAGACGUAGUUCCUUGCUUCUUCUCCGUUCUUCAUCCUCUCUGCUGCUUUCUGAAAUGAAUUCUGGUGCUAAUGAAGGUGUAUAUCCUCUGCAUCGCUCUAAAACCAUUCAUCUGGUGAGGCAUGCUCAAGGAUUUCACAAUGUAGUAGGAGAGAAUGACUCCAGUGCAUAUAUGUCUAAGGAACUGUUUGAUCCACAUCUUACCCCUUUUGGUUGGAAACAGGUAGAUAAUCUCCGGAAGCAUGUUCAUGCGUCUGGACUUUUCAAAAAUAUCGAUUUGGUUGUAGUUUCACCUUUGCUUAGGACUAUGCAAACAGCAGUUGGUGCUUUUGGAGGUGAAGCUUCCACUGAUGGGGUUGAUAUGCCACCACUAAUGGCAGAAAAUACUGGCAGUAGUAAUCGUCCUGCAAUUUCAAGCCUAAAUUGUCCUCCAUUCAUUGCUAUGGAGCUUUGUCGAGAGAGUAUGGGUGUUGAUCAUUACAAUAGGAGGAGAAGUAUAAGUGAAUACAAACCCAUGUUCCCAGCAAUUGAUUUUUCAUUGAUAGAAACUGACCGUGAUGUUUGGUGGAGCCUAGAUACUAGAGAAAAAAAGGAAGAUGUUGUAGCCCGGGGGCAGAAGUUUAUGAAAUGGUUGUUGAGACGCGAAGAGAAGGUGAUUGUGGUUGUUUCUCACGCUGUAUUCCUGCAUCGUACACUUCGUGCAUAUGGAGAUGACUGUCAUCCCACACUCAAGAAAGAAAUGUCCAUACCCUUUGACAACUGUGAGCUUCGUUCAAUGGUCAUUGUUGAUCGAAGCAUGAUCGGAUCAGACACUUCAAAGACUGACUUUCCUGGGAAAAUUCCUAGUGGUGCUGAUGUCGCGAGUGAUGUUGUUUAGUAGAGAAUCAUAUCCCCAUUCACAUAUAUCGGAUUAUAAAUCAUCAAUAAACUUAAUAAAAAAAACAUACAACCAUGACAAUUGAUGUCAUGUCAAGUUGUUGCUGAUAUGGUUAUAUGUUUAAUGUUUAGAAAUUAAAUUUUAUUAUCAUACA